GGUUGUUUUUGGACAUUUUCGGCUGCCAGGUACGGGAGAGAAGCAGGAAGUUCAGAAGAGCAGCGAACAGGUGCGCUUCGUGGAGUUGGGAGCACGCCGAUUCCCUCUCCACCUCCUCCCCUAGAACCCUAAUCAUCCAUCCUGCUGUUCCUCCUCCUCCUCCUCCUCCUCCUCCAACAAAACCCUAAUAUCGAUCACAUGUCUGGCGGCGGCGAUCCGUUGGCGGCCUCCCCGAGCCGCCGCAAGCGCAAGCAGCCAGCAGACGCCUCCUCGGUGGCCAAGAAGCCGCGUCCCUCCGAUGCCGACGCCGUGACGAUCCUCCGCGGGGUGCUCGACUUCCGCGCCCGCACCGGCGCCAACCCGACGCUCACCACCAUGGACGCCUUCUACGAUUCCAUCCGCGGCUCCCUCCCCUCCCCCGCCCUCACCAAGGACAAGGUCUACAACAAGCUCCGCCACCUCCGCUACAAGUUCCAGCACUCCAGCCCCAACCCCGAUCCCCACGGCGGCGGCGGCGGAGGCGGAGGAAGCGACCUCGUCUACGAGCUCUCUGCCGACGUCUGGGGCGGAUUGCUGUCGGUCGAACCGAAGCCCAAGAAAAUCAAGAAGGAGAGCGAAAAGAAUAAGAUUCACAAAUCUGAUGUCAAGAACGAGGAUGGCAAGAACGAGGCAAAUGAAGCCGAGAAAAUGGAGCGUGAAAAGGAGGACGUGGAGCAGACACUGGAGGAGGUAGAAGAAGAAGAGGAGGAGGAGGAGGAGAUAAGGGGAAUUGGGACGGAUUCCUUCCCGAUUUUGAUCCAUGAGGUGACAAAGUACUGGAAAGAGAAGGGCCUCUCAACUGUGUCUUUGGAGGCGUCUUUGAAGCUCGUAAGACCAUCCAAGGCGAGACCAGUGGAGGAGAAGUGGAGGAAGCUAAUGGGGAAGGAAAUGAAGUCCCGAACGAAGAUGUUCGAAGUGCUCGGGAGCCUCCUCCUGAGCUGAGAAUGGCCCAUUGGACUGCAUUUAAAGCAGCAGUGCAAAUCUCGAGGCACAUCUAAUGGCUAGAAAAGUAAUAGCCCCAAAGGAUUGAUGCCAUUAGUAAGUAUUCUUGCUUAUCUCGAGGCACAUCUAAUGGCUAGAAAAGUGAAGGCUCCAAAGGGUUGUUGAUAUUAUUGAGUAUUCUUGCUCAAGACCAUCAAGGAAUAUCAUCAUCUCCACUUGAAAAAGAAAGGCCAGCCUUGGUAUGCUGCUUUCUUGGGAAAUCAAGGAGGAAUACUUGUUUAAUGUCUUGAGGCCAUUGAAUUUAUUUGUCAAUGCAACAACUAGUGGAAGCUGAAGUAGUUUCCAAUGGUCGAAAGAGUGGGUGCUAUAUCUUGUUUGUUUGUAUGUACAAAAUGUUAAUAUUGCAAGUGUAACUUCUAUUACUCUUCAGCCUACUUUCCAGUUAUUAUCAUUAUCGUCAAGCCUUUUGCCGUCUUUUUCCUUCACUUCGAGUUGCUAUGCCAUCAUUAUUAUGUGCUACCUCAAGAAGGGACUCUGCAAUCAAGUAACAUAAUCAAAAAUGAAAAUUGUUGGUGUUAAAGUGUGUAUGGAAUUCCAUGUACAGAGAUGUUAAUUAUGUGAACAAGUGGGUAUUGAUGAUUUUUGUUGCCUAUAUGAGUACAUUGUAUGAACA